CAGAAAUCAGUCACAACGCAUAACCGCCCCGUGUAUUCCUGCCGAGCGAUGCCAGCGCGCUGGGUGUGGCGACGCCAGCGACUCCUCGUUGCACCAUGCUUACCCGAACGAGAGCCCAGUGAUAAGUCUUCGAUUGCUGAAGACCUCGACGAUGUGGGAGCAUCGUCAUUCGCACACCAGAUGGUCCCGCCACAGCGAUCAACCGUCGGUGAUAGCGCAGCUCAUGACGCUGGUGUCGAUCGAAAGACAAACUUGUUCCUGACGUGUAUGGAGCUACGGACACCAGAUUUUAUGAACGCUCUGGUCGUUGCCACGAGGCAGGAUCGACCGGCGAUCCUGGAGCGCCUCACAGUCAACACCCCGUCGCUGAUCCCAGCGCUGGGCGACGCAGAAGAAGCGAAUUCCCUCCAACCCAGCUCUCUCUUGCACUACGCGGCAGAGUCGAGUGCGCAUGCCGUGAUGCCGUGGCUCUUGACGCAGUCCGUCCCCGUUGGCAGCCGCAACCACCGCGGCGAGACGCCAUUGCACGCGGCCAGUCGGGUUGGCAAUGUCCGAGGACUGGCAAUGCUGCUGCGAGCCGGUGCAGACGUUCACGCCACCAACGACAACGGCGACUCGGCGCUGCAUAUCGUCCUCAAGUCUCUGCAUGAAGGAGGCGGCAGAGCCCAAGUGCUAGAACGCCUUCUCAUUCUCAAUGUGGCCUUGGAUGCAGAAAACAUGGUGGGCCAGCGACCGGCCGACCUCACGGACGACCCAACGACCCUUGAGCGCCUCGCAAAGGAAGCCGACUUUCGAGUGCAGUUCCCACUGCAUCGCAUUGCCCGUGCUAACGACGUGUCGGGCUUUGACGCGUGGCUAACCGACACACUCGCUUGUGCAACUCUGGAUUCAGGCGCUCGGAUUGAGAGAGCAAUCUCGUGUAUUGACAUGGACGGCAAGACGGUGGUGCUGCACGCUAUUGAAGCCUUGGAUCCGUACGCAACCGACCAAGUCCUAGCGCGACUCAUGCCCUACUGCACAUUGGAGUGCUUGCUGCUGCAGGACAAGACAGGGCGAAGUGCAGAAGAAUACCUCUUGGAGAAAGAUGUCAUGUGCAAGGGCGACGUUACGAACGCGGCGCUGAUCGCCGCUGUCGACGCUGUAUGCCGCAAGACAAAACGUGCGCUGAAUUUUGGCCACAAUAUCAAGCGGCUUCAGUAUGGGACCCCGCCACUCGUGUGCUGUGGUGCCUGCACGGGGGUACGCCAGUCCGCUCAUUCGACGUCUACCUUGGCACAACUCGCUGCCGACGAAAAGUGGAUCGAGCUCGAGGGUCGCUUAGAAGCUGGCACGAACGUAGACGACCUCAACGACUACGAUACCAAGGGCUACACUGUCCUGCACCAUUGCUGUGCCAAAAGAAACCUCCCGAAUCUAAAGCUCUUGCUCAAGCUACCGGGAUUACAUAUCGACUGCACAACACGCGACGGCGGCAAGACGGCCUUGGCGAUGGCUGAAGCUCAAAACGAGGACGACUAUGUUGAGCGUUUGCUUCAAGCCGGUGCCCACCACGGCUUUCUCGAGCCAUUCUCAGCGAAGCGCGUCCUCGAGAUUCACAAGCGCGGCAGCGAAUGCGAAUACCUCCGUUGCAACUGCUGGGAAAUGGCUGCACGCUACCCCGCCUUCUAUCUCGCACGAGUCCUCAGCGUGGACGACAUGAAGAAGCACUUGCAGUAUAAUGACACGCCACUGCACGUCGCGGCACGAAAAUCAUUGCCCAUCGCCGUCUUCAAGACACUCCUUGCCCGAGACGACAUCGACGUCGAUGGCGUCACAACGGAGGACGAGACGGCACUGAUGAUCGUGGCAGGCAACGGAAAGCUCGAGCACGUGGAGCUGCUGCUAAACCAUGGAGCCAACAUCGAUCUCGCCGACUUUAGACACCGCACAGCGAUUGUACGCGCAGGUCGCAAGGGCCAUCGUGCGGUUGUUGAGCGCCUCUUGGAGCUCUUUGCCGACAUGCCCGCUGUCAAGGGGCAUCGCGCGUAUUUUGGCGACGAAAUCCACACGCUUUUGGAGAAGGAGCUGGUGUUGCGUGACAACUCACCUGCCUAUCGGGAGCACCUUGCGCAACGUCUCGUGACCAAGACGACGUACGAGGUGUUCUCAAAGCACGGGUUUUCAGAAGCCAUUGCGUGCAGCCCCGCCAUCGCCACCGCGUUUCUCGACGACUGCAUCUGCAUGAGUCGCCACGAUGCAACGUUCACCAAUCUCGACCUCGUGUACGGUCUUGACUGCCGAUCCAGCGCCCUUUACACCGUUCUCAAUCUGAACCUCAAGGACCCGGACGAGAUGUUUGCGGCUCAAAAGGCAUGUCUUGAGCAUGUCGUCUUUCGCCGGCUCCUCGAGAUCAAGUGGGAACUCUUUGGCCGGCGCAUGUAUGUCGAGCGACUGCUGAUGCACAUUUUGUUGCUGGUGACGAUGACGAUCUCGUCCAUUCUCUUUGGUGACGUGCCGCCGUCGUCCACAAGCUUCGGUAUCGGUCUCACGACAGCUCUUUUGGCCGUUGUCGGGCUUGUUGCUGCACAGGGUCUCCGGCCACGGCGGUUUGCUCGACUCAGGGCCAAAAUGCCGUCCGAUCGCCACGUACGAUGGUGCCUCGUGGGGUGGACUAUAGCUGUCACGGCAACGUUGACCGCCCUCUUCGUACACUUUGCUGACGAGCUUCACAUCGACGCGUGGUUUGCUCGUUUCAACAAUGCUGUGCUUGCCGCUACAACCGUGUACUUUAUCGUCAACGAAGUAUACGAGAUCAAGGCUGUCGGUCGCAUCAAGUACAUCUCGUCGUCCAUGAACGUGGUGCAGCUGGUUGCUUAUGGCCUCAUUCUCGGCGUCUUUGUGGCGAUGAAGCUCGGCUGGCUGCCAGCCUCAACUCAAGUCCAAGUUGGCUUUGGCGCGCUGCUCGCGUUGGUGCUUUGGGUCUUUUCGCUGCAGUUCUUAGAGGUCGUCUCAUCGGCCAGCUACCUUCUCCCGAUGAUGGCGCACCUCUUUGGGGACAUUUGGAAUUUUUUCCUCAUUUUUGGCAUUUUCCAAAUUGGUUUGACGCUCAUCUUCUACCAGCUCUUUGUGCUCAAGCCCGACGCCGCGUUCAGCUCUCUGGGUCAGUCGUUCAUGUCGACGUAUUUUGUGACAUUUGGCCAAGUCCCUCUGAGCUCGCUCGAUACGUUUACCAACACUGCGGACGUCUCGGGAUCAUACGACACCUUGUACAUUGGCACAGCAAUUCUCAUGAUGGCGCACUCGGCCAUUAUGGUCGUCGUUUUGCUCAACGUGCUUCUGGCGAUGAUGAACCAGACGGUCGAAGGUAGCUUGGCGAACGCCAAGGCCCAAGCGUUGAUCAGCUACGCGCAAUCCAUUUUGCGACUCGAAGGCGCCAUGAACCUCAGCGAGAAAGAAACGAUGGAGCUCAUGCACCUCGUGGACGACCGAGGCAAGCGCAUACUGCAUCCGAUAUUCACCACGAGUGUCCCCAAGGCGUCGCUGGGAAUUGUACCGGAGCAAGCGGAUGCUUUGAUGCAAAAUACGAGCCACCGAGUAUCCUGGAUCGAGCACAUGGAUGCUCUAGACAAGGUCGUCGAGAGUCAGAUGGCGUUUGUCCGCAAUAGCUUGGAGCACGUUGGUCAUUUUACCGAUUUGGACGUGUCCGCGGUAUUUGGCGGCGAGCUAAACGUCCUCGCAUCCAAGCAAAAGACCGUGAAGGAGGCGAUAGAGUUGGCGCGUCGCAGCCGCGGUCAGUUCAAAGAGCACGUGCUCGGCAAUCUCAACGACCGUGUCUCCAAGCAGCUCCGGUUGUGCAAGGCGCAGAUCGCGAAUCUCUGGCGGCGCAUUGACGAGACCGAGCCACUGAGCGACCACGACCAGUGUAUGCUCCUCUUUCAGCUCAACCAACGCGUGGCUAUUGACGUACAUCUGACGACCAUGACGGACGCCAUGACACGUGCGAUCGCCGAUGUAGCCAAAGUGGAGCUAUCCACGCCAGGCGAUGAUGACGCUGAGGCAACGUCAGCAAGGUUCGCAUAUACGCCGACAGCACCCGACCCUUUGACAAACGAGGUGGCACGACUGCAGCAAGAAUUGUCAACGCUCAAGGAAACGACGGAAAAGGAAAUCGCAGAGCUCACGACUCGCGAGGAGAUGAAGGUAGCAGCGGUCGCGGUCGCCAAGGACAAGGAAAUGGCAGAGCUCCGUGCAGAAAACAAGGCGAUUGCCGCCAAGCUGGACACGAUUCUAGCGCUGCUGGCACGAAACACACCUACCACAAAUGUACUGGACCCUUGAUCGCAA